AUGCUCCCUCCAUCAACUACAGGUCUCGCCGAGGCCAAAGAACUGUGGCAGCCAUCAGCGCCUGAGAAGACGCAGAUCCACCAAUUCAAAAAACUUGUCAGCCAGAAAUACAAACUGCAGCUGGAAACCUACCACGACCUCUACAAAUGGAGUGUUACAGAACCAGCCCAGUUCUGGGAGGAAGUCUGGCAUUAUACAGCCGUCAAGGCACAUUCGCCGUAUUCUAAUGUUCUUGACCCUAAUGCCCCGCUGUACCCUAAACCUCGUUUCUUUGAAGGCAGCCGCCUCAAUUUCGCCGAGAAUCUUCUGUUCCCAGAAAACUGUCCAGGAGACGACCAGAUCGCCAUCAUCGGCGCUACCGAGUCCGAUCGCGAGUUCGUGACAUGGAAGGAAUUGCGCGAGCGCGUGCGGAUAUGCGCCAAUGCCAUGAGACAGAAUGGAGUGACCAUCGGAGAUCGAAUCGCAGGCUUUGUUGGGAACCAUGUGAAUGCCGUGGUGGUCAUGUUGGCGGCGACCUCGAUCGGCGCUUUCUGGACAGCCAUCUCCCCAGAUUCCGGCGUCCACGCUGUGCUGGAACGUCUUGUUCAGAUACAACCGAAAUUAUUGUUCGCAGACAACGGCUCACUGUACAAUGGAAAAGUCCACCCCACCGAGUCCAAAGUCGUGGAGAUUGUGGCGGGUUUGCCAUCCCUAGAGCGUGUUGUGAUCUUGCAGGCAACGAAAUCGGCGGAACUUGACUUGAAAAAGAUACAACCUGUAAAUGGGUCAGCCUCGGUUUACAAAAGCUUUAUUGUCGAAGCUUUAAAUCUAGACACGCCAUUGAAAUUCGAGCUGCUGGAACCAGAUCAUCCAGUAUAUAUUCUUUAUUCAUCUGGAACCACCGGAGCUCCUAAGCCCAUUGUGCACGGCGCAUUGGGGACAUUGAUACAACAUAAAAAGGAACAUGUUUUGCACUCUGAUAUACGGCCUGGCGAUAGACUGUUUUAUUACACCACGACUACAUGGAUGAUGUGGCAUUGGCUCGUGUCGGCGCUUGCCAGCGGUGCCACAAUUAUAGUCUACGAUGGAAGUCCCUUUCGUCCCCUUGAUGUUGAAGAUGGGAAAGGCGAGAUAGCCAUGGCUCGGCUGAUCGAUGAGCUGCAAAUAACACAUUUUGGAACAUCUGCAAAAUACCUCUCUAUAAUCGAGCAAGCGUCCUUAAACCCACGAAGCCAUCCUCACCGGCCAGUGAAUUUAGAGAUGUUGCGGGCAAUUUUCAGCACUGCAGCGCCAUUAGCCCCUUCUACAUUUGAUUACAUUUAUUCUUCAUUCCAUCCAGAUAUCAUGCUCGGGUCUAUCACGGGCGGAACUGACAUUAUUUCUCUCUUCGGUGCCUCAUGCCCGAUCUUGCCCGUGCAUCGGGGCGAGAUUCAAUGCCGUGGUUUGGGCAUGGCGGUAGCCACAUUUGACUAUGCUGGCAAUGAUAUAACGGCUACAAACGAGCCCGGUGACUUGGUCUGCACCAAGCCCUUCCCGGCACAACCUGUGAUGUUUUGGCCCCCUGGGCCCGAAGGCAGUGAGAAGUAUAGAAAAAGUUACUUCGAUGUCUUCGGCCCUCACAUAUGGCACCACGGCGACUUCUUACGGGUAAACCCAGAAACCGGCGGCCUGGUCAUGCUAGGUCGAAGCGACGGGGUGUUGAAACCCGCAGGCGUGCGAUUCGGCAGCGCGGAGAUAUAUAAUGUUAUUUUGAAACAUUUUUCCAGCGAGAUUGAAGAUUCCUUGUGCAUUGGACGCAGGCGCGAAGGUAUAGAUACGGAUGAAACAGUUGUGCUUUUCGUGAAACUCGCUCCAGAGAGUUUAGCAUCGGGUCUGCAGAUUUCGCAGGAUUUGAUCGGCAGGAUUCAGGCGGCCAUUCGCAAAGAACUCAGUGCAAGACAUGUACCGGGUAUUAUCGAUGUUUGUCCUGGGAAUGAGAUCCCAGUGACCUCGAAUGGAAAGAAGGUGGAGAAUGCUGUGAAACAGAUUCUCUGUGGCCUGAAUAUCAAGACGUCUGCGAGUGUGGCUAAUGCGGCGUGCUUAGAAUGGUAUAGAAAGUGGGCAGCGGAGCAUUAA